UCUUCUAUGGUGUUGUACUUGUAUCUUAUUCUCAACGAGACGCCCUGAAAUCGAAGUAUCUGGUUCCUUCCCAGGCUCGGAAGGGUCCCUUACAGAAUCCACCUCUCGCUUAGGGAUCUGAUAUUCUUACCAUCAUCAGCCAUGUUUCUCCUUGAUUGGUUCUAUGGCAUCCUGGCCUCUCUCGGUCUCUGGCAGAAAGAGGCUAAGAUCUUGUUUCUAGGGCUCGAUAAUGCUGGCAAAACAACCUUGCUUCACAUGUUGAAAGAUGAGAGAUUGGCUCAACAUCAGCCUACUCAAUAUCCCACUUCCGAAGAGCUCAGUAUUGGGAAAAUUAAGUUUAAGGCUUUUGAUUUGGGUGGUCAUCAGAUUGCUCGCAGAGUCUGGAAAGAUUACUAUGCCAAGGUGGAUGCUGUGGUGUACUUGGUUGAUGCCUAUGACAAAGAGAGGUUUGCAGAAUCGAAAAAGGAACUGGAUGGUCUUCUCUCUGAUGAGGCUUUGACUGAUGUUCCAUUUCUCAUUUUGGGAAACAAGAUUGACAUACCUUAUGCUGCUUCAGAGGAUGAGUUGCGAUACCACCUUGGCCUGACUAACUUCACCACAGGAAAAGGAAAGGUAAACCUAGCUGACUCAAAUGUGCGUCCUUUGGAGGUUUUCAUGUGCAGCAUUGUGCGCAAAAUGGGAUAUGGUGAUGGAUUCAAGUGGCUCUCACAAUACAUCAAGUAAGGUACUGCUUCGGAAGAUGUUUGGCCUAACAAUCAAAGCCCCCACCCCAGCACGCCCUGUCCUACCAAAAGAAGGUUGUAUUCAUCCCCCUGUUUAAAUUGGAUAUAUUGUGAUCUUGAUCUGUGUGGAAGGAGGUAUUAAUAUACUGCUUUGUAAAAAUUAGUUGUGGCAGCAAGUUAUUUGCUCUUCUAGUUUGUCAAUUGACUAUGCCAUCUCUUGCUGUAGUCUUAUUACGGUAGAGCCAGAAAAUUGAAAUUUCAGUUAUAGUUAUGUUUUUAUCUGCAACGACGUAUUUUGGAAUGUAUUUAUUUCUUAUGUUUCUGCAA